AUGGGCAGAAAACUCAAAGGCAGGCAAUUUCAAGCAAAAGGCUUGAAAGGUGCUCUCCAAGUACACAUUGCGCAGGAGAAAGUGAAACAAGAUACGCAAAGGGCUCUCGAAGCACAAAGCCAAACGCAAAAAGAUAAAGCGAAGUCUGUCAAAAGUGGAGGAGCAAAAAAGAGACAACCGGUACACGUCGUUCAAAAGAAAGCUUUCAUUCCUUUCAGUCCAAAUGAAACUUUACUCUUAGUGGGUGAAGGUGAUUUUUCCUUUGCCUGUGCACUUGUGCGGCAGGAUCUCAUUCUGCCUGAAAACUUGAUUGCAACAGGUUUUGAUUCAGAAACUGAGAUGCAGACAAAAUACCCUGAAGCUAUGGAAAACGUGAAAUUUUUGAAGGAAAGUGGAGUUUCUGUUCUUCAUGAAGUUGAUGCAACGAACCUCAUGCAAUCCUUAAAGUUGAAGUCGCUGGGCAAAAACCAAAGAGUAAGAAUCUUUGAGAAUGGAAAGAGACUCAAUUAUGUGAUGUUCAACUUUCCACAUAAUGGCCGGGGAAUAAAAGAUGUGGACAGAAACAUACGAGAGCACCAGAAACUUGUUCUUGGAUAUUUCAAAAGUUGUAUUGCCUUAUUUGAUGUCGUCAACAAACGCUCCAAUUCCGCGGCCUCGGGGUACCUAUCCGAAGAAGAUAGUACAGCCGAAAAAAUCGUCAUGUCAUUGUUUGAAGGAGAGCCUUACAUCUCUUGGGGUGUGAAGGCAUUAUCUCGCAGUGUAGGAUAUCGUGUUGAGAGAUCGGGGGCAUUUGAUUGGCCUUUUUUUGCAGGCUAUCACCAUAGACGUACCAACAGCAUGAAGGAUACUACGAAGCCCGCAUCCGAGCGUGAUGCGCGUAUAUACUUGUUUGACAAAGCUCUUUCAAAAGAAGAGUUUGAAAAGUUAACAGGCAAAAAAAGUAAGAAGAGAGAUGAUGAUAGUGACGAAGACUAA